UGUUUAACCUGGGCGGUUCCGAGUUUACAGAUGCCACUCUCCUGCUCCCAAUUUUAAAAUAUUUUUCUUUUGUGGUUGUUGUUUUCAUCGCGGCGCACGGAGAGAUGGCGGACUGGAAGGCUCAGAUAAGUUACAACUACAACCCAUCGUACCAUGCCUACGCGUACGGCCUCGUUUACCAAUCCGGCCCGGAGCCGAACCACGGGAACCCGAGCACCUGGGGCGAAGCAGGGGUCACGGAAUGGAGCAACUACAACGGUGGGGUGACGCAGGCCUACUACGCCGCCGCCGCCGCCCCGAGGACCCGCGAAGAAUCGCCGCCUCACAGUCCGGAGCGGCAAGCCGUGAACGGCCACGGUCACUACCAGGCCCCCGGGGUUUACAUCGGUGACUCCCUGCCACGGACACACGAAGCCAGCCAGGCCGGAAGCGAUUCGACCAGUGACUCCGAGGCCCACGCCUCCCCAAAUUCAUGGAGUUCAGGCAGCAGCAGGGAAGGCAGUCUCCCCCAGACUGACUCUACCACCUGGGAAAAUAAAGAGGCCGGGGAACGAGACGAUGAGGCAAGCGGCAGGAGCCCCAAUGCCAGCGGCUCUCAAGUGGAGGAGCCCAGCACCGUUGCUGCCAGUGGGAACGAGGACACCAACAACACAACCUAUGUAUGCUUAACAUCAACUUCCUCAAAGAAGCCAUGCACUACUACUGUGACUACUCCAAAGGGAAAGAUGAGGUCGGCUUUCUCAGAGAGUCAAAUGAGUGCUCUCGUCCAGCGCUUCAGUGUUCAGAGGUACCUCACUCCGGCUGAAAUGAAGAACCUGGCAGAAAUGACGGGACUGACCUACAAACAGGUCAAGACAUGGUUUCAGAACCGACGGAUGAAGCUAAGGAGGCACCAGAAAGAUACAAGCUGGGUGUCUGAGCGCUUCAACAAAGGCAGUCCCAUACACGGAGCCAAGUACGCCAACGUCACCACACACAUGCCACCUUAUCAAGGAGAGGUCCGGUCCCGGCUAAAGGAGAGUUACAACCAGCAGAUGAUGGAGACGGCCUUCAAGAAGACGGCGCCCCAAAACAUGGCCUUUUAUCUGGCUGCUAUGGGCUCUGCUGCUGCUGCCGCUGCUGCUGGAUCUGCCGGCUACCCCUCCUGGUCCUCCGGCUCAUCCCAGAAUGCAAGGCCCCACAGGCCCCCAAUGGGUUGCUGGGCCAUCCCCCACGGCGGUGGCCACUAUGAAUACAACCCCAAUGUGUUUCACUCAGCCAGUGUCACAACGACAAAUAACGCAGGAGAGGACAUGAGCCUAGAAGGCAAAGGCGGGGAGGCAGUUAACAGUCACGGGUCUUUAAACACAUCCAUGGUACACAAUGGUCAUAGCUGUUAA